GCUCCAUGGAAUCCUUCGAAAUUCCUCCUGAGCCAGUCGCUUCAACAUCUACUGGCCCCGGGACGACCGCGGGUGAGAGUGCCAAGGCGACUGGUAGCGGCAAAGGCAAACGCAGAGAAAAAUCGAAUCCUACUUGCGAAGAGUGUGGCAAGUCUUUCUCUCGCAAGAGCGAUUUGGCUCGGCACAUGCGCAUACACACUGGCGAACGACCCUUCAUAUGCUCGCAUCCGGGUUGCGGCAAGACAUUCAUUCAGCGCUCAGCUUUACAUGUUCACGAACGUGUUCAUACCGGAGAGAAGCCGCACCAAUGCGAGUAUCCGGGGUGCGGUAGAACAUUCGGGGACUCUAGUAGUCUGGCUCGACAUCGCCGAACGCACGCCAAUAUCCGUCCUUAUAAGUGCGAGGACCCGGGAUGCGAGAAGACCUUC